GUAGUCCGUGUCAGUCGGUGUCAGUUCGCCGCUGCCAGCCAGGCGUAGGGGGCACGAGCAAUGGCGCGUGUUGCGUGUGACUCUCGUCGAUCCGAAGGCACGAAUUACGACGAUUGUUAUUCGAGAACGUAACCAGUACAGCGGUACGCGUAAACGACGACGUCGCGAGACCGAAUUGCACUGGCAUACGUUCGCAUACGUUAGCCGACAAGCUGCCGCGCAACUCGUUCUAAUUCCUCUUCAAAUGGGGGUUUCGAAUUCAUUCCAAGUUACGCUUUACUACGAACGUCGAGUCGAGUGCGACCCAGAGACGAUCAUCUCCGAUCAUCGACGUCAUUGUUUACCAUUGAGACAUUGAGGGAAAGAUAGAGAGAGAGAGAGAGCGAGAGGGGGAAGAUUGCGUCUCUACGCACGCAAAUUUCUCACACACUCACACCAAGAUCCCGGAUGAUCUAGAAGUUAUCCAAAAUGGCUUCCACCGAUCUAUCGUUCGAUGCCGUUUUCUUCAUUCACCGUAAUUUGUAGGUUCGAUACCGGCGUUCUAUAGGGAAGUUUACGAAAAGUGUUCACCGUCCGGAGGAAACGUCGAGAGGGAAGUGUUCAAGUCGCUACUCGUUAAAUCUCAACUCAGCAGCUCUAUACUCAGCCAGGAAAAAUGAUCUGAAACUCGUGAAUUCCUUGAACACACAUACUCGUGUGAAUGUAUUUCAAAACCAGUUAUUCCACAAAUAAACCAACGAGGAAAGUGUUUGGCCGUCGUACUAAAAUAAUCAUCCUUGGUAAACACAAGAAUUUGGGAGCUCGUGGAUAGCAAAACUGGGUAUUUAACAAGAAGUGGCCUCUACAAAGGUUUGGCAUUGGUAGCUUUUGCUCAACAGGGUAAACAGCCGAGUGAUAAGCUCUUGGAAAUAUCUGAAUCUCAAGGUCUGGUUGAAAUUUUGUUUGCCUUUCCCGUUUCCUCGUGAUAAAUUUUCUCUUAUCUGUAUGAACUUGAGACAACGGAAAUGUUCUCGAAGUCCUUCCCUUCAGUGAAUUGCCGGUACCUGUUCUCGGAGAUCUGACCGAAGUUGUUCUCUUGGCUCAAAGGAUGCACAAGGGAUCAAACCCAUCUAAACUGAAUCUCACCUACACCGACAUAUGCAAUCUAGAUACCAUUGAAGUGAAUUUGGUACCCGAGAAGAAGGGGAUAUUCCUUAAGCACGUCGAAUAUCAAGUGACAAGUAAGAGGUUCAAUUCUGUCGUCUACAGACGUUACAACGACUUUGUUUCCCUGCAUGAACUUCUGCUAGCACGGUUUCCUUACAGGCUGAUACCCAAGCUUCCACCAAAGAAAAUAGUCGGAGCCGAUUCUCAAUUCCUUGAAGAACGGAGACGUUCGUUACUGAGAUUCUUGACAUUAAUAGCGCGCCACCCAUCGGUGAGCAAGGACCCGAUAGUCCAAUUUUUCUUCACAUUUACCGGGGAAGAGACUCAGCAUAAGAUUCGUGAGGUGUUUAGGCGGGUUCCGGAUGAGUUUGCGACCUCGGAAUUGUCCAGUCAAGCCAAAGAACUCGUACCCCCUGAGACGCUUACAGAAUUUGCAAAUAGCAGAGAUCAGAUACGCGUCAUAUUGUCGGGGAUAUCGAGACUAAAGAACAUUGCCGACUGUUUGGCGAUCAGGUCUCACGGAUAUGCCGUGGAUAUGGCCGAGCUUGGAACACAACUCAACAACUUGGCCAACGAACCUCACGGCACAAGUGCCUGGGCGACGGGUGGAUCGACGAUUUGGAACGAUAUGAAGAAGGGAUUCCACGUCAUUUCAAAAGAGUUCAGUCUACUUUCUACCAGAGCGUUACAGCAGGCUGUGAUUGAGGAAAGCAUGGUCUGCGAGAGGCUCAAUUUGCUCCUUGAUAUUUUGAUUGCGCAUAGAGUUUUGUGCGAGCGACACGAGCGAGGAGUCAGUGCGGAUCACCAGAGAGCCCUGUCGACUAUGCUGUCUCUGAAGAAGCGACAAAUGCAAGGCGUUAUUCGUGGAACAGAUGCUGACACGGUUGAACAUCUAGAAAAUAAAAUGGUGGCUCAAGAAACUGUGAUUGCAAAUGUCGAGUUGAGAAACGCCUUCUCACUUCACUGUUUACACAUGGAAACGCAGCUGGUUCACGCCCACUUGGAAAUUCUUGCCACAGUUCUACAGAGUCUCGUAAGCGUGCAGAUACGCGGACAUUCCGAACUUACGGAAGUCUGGAAAUUGAUUGAGCCAACGAUAACAAAAUGUUUACCAGAAAAAUCAGCUGGCAGUUCAAACGGAGUGUCAUAGCAUCAAUAUUAUUUCAGCAUCGUUGGGGGGGGGGGGGUAAGAUAAUUUAAAUAUAGAUAUUACUGACUUGAGAUACUCCAUUAUUAUUAUUUUUUUUGUUAUUUAAUUCAAAUCUCAUAUUCUUUACCAUAUCUAAUUAAUUCUUUCAACUAUUAUUUGUUCAUCGCAGGACAGAAGUGUAAAGUAAUAUUUUAAGUCACGCGUUACGUUAUUUUAUAGCAGUUCGUGUUCAAAGAAACUCGUGGCAGUUAUACAUAUUUUUUGGUAUAUGUAUAUAUACUUAGCAAAGUCUUUAACUGUCCAAUUCGAAUCGCAAGUGACAAUCCUGAUAUUAUUAACGUUUUGUGCAAUAACUACAAUAUACUGUACAUGCAAUGUACCUGGUCGAAAAUUCAAUGCAUAAUUAGAGUAGUAGUUCUAGGUGUAUGCAAAAGUUUUUAAAGGUAUACAUAAUUAAUUUCUCAUCUUUUGCUAAAUCUUGCAAAAUCAAGAUGAUUUGGAAAAGAACGGUAAAUAGCUCGAAUUUAUGUAAAUUCAAUCAUUGUCUGAAUACAGAAGAUUAGAAACUUAGAUGCAAGUCAUUCAAGGUAUAAUGUAUGUAAUAGUGAUUCGAUUAUGCAACAUGCAAAAAAUACAAAUAGAAUGAGACAAAAGUGGUUGAAUGCAUGUUUUAAAUUCGAAGCCUAGAAUACUCUGGGGGGAUAUGGAAGCUAGUAAUUAUUAUUACAGAGAUUGUUGAAAAAAAAGGUUGAAUUGCCCUGCCUUUAGACAUACACAUCAUAUACUCAUCGAUAACUGAAUUAUUGUCGGAUAUUUUAUUCUAAUGUAAUUUUCUCAUAGCUCAAACUGAAAAAAAAAACAUUCCUUGUUGUGUACUUAAAUAUAUUUUAUAAUCGUUGAUUCAGAGGGUUAUUUUUAUAGGUGUCAAGUUAUUAUUACUAUCAUUACUAUACGUAAAGUUAAAAUCGUGUCAGCUAUUUGAAUUCAUGGCAUAAGAUUAUUAUUCAUGAUAUAAUUUAUAAUUUGUAAUUUAUAUAAAGAUGAUCAAUAUAAUUGCACAUGUGCAAGCAAUAAUAUGUAUAUACGUUAAAUAUUGAUAAUAUUCUGAUUUAUUUUUACGCGUGUCGUGAUAAUAAUUUUGUGCUCAGGUUUAUUAUUUCUCGUAUAUUUUUUAACAUUCCGUACAACCCUUAUCAAAAAAAAAAGUCACUCCGGAUGACUUUUUUGGACCAAGUUAUACAUUUAAACGAUCUCUGACUAAAACUUGAACCCCUUCAAACCUCAAUGCUGGUACGAAAGUGAUGCAAAAGCUCAUGUAUUCGAAUGUUUGUUUUUUUUCUCGGCGCAAAAUUUUUGCAAGUUUAGCCAUAAGGCAUGCAAACGUAAUUCAAGAUAACGUUUCGAGAAACAGGAGGGGUAAGAAGUUAAAAAAAAAAAAACAGUGACUCAACGCCUUGGAUAAAUAUUGCAAAACAUUUGUGAAUAUCUGCUAAAUAUUGUUAAAUUAGAAGAAUACUGUGACUACCUUAUGUUGUAUGUUUGUUCAUCCACGCAUCGUUGAGUCCAGCGGUAUAGAGAUUGGCCGUGUUUCGGGAGCUUUUCAUGUUCAAAAUUCGCAGUAACCUGACGAUAAAUAAUUUUUAGUUAUUAUUUAGAUUGUACUAAGUAGCAGAAAUAUAAUAAAUCAGAAUUCAAAUUA